GGCGUGUUAUACAUUUUUAUGGAAUUAGAAAGAUGAUUUUUUUUUUAAAUCAUUGAAUCUGAUUGAAAGAAUGUGUUGUUAUGUUAAAAACUUUAAAUAUAGAAAUACAUAUGUAUUUGACAAUGUUUAUAGUAGCACUUAUUUUUGUAUGUAAGUAAGUGUUUCGUUUUAUGCUGAUGCUGAGACUGAGAUCUGACCUACAAUUGUCAUAAUGACGCAAGUGUUAGCUAUAACAGCUAUUUUAUUGCUCGAACUACGAAUUUUCGCAAUCUGGACUAAUGGGGUUUUGCAAAACGAGGCUGUCUUAAACGAUUAUGAUCGUAAGGAUCUCGUAGAAGAAUGCAAAGACUUCUUGACUCUGAAUGAUACAUUGGUCAUGAACGGUGAAGUUUCUGUACUUGAAAGUGAGAAUGCUAAUAUUGCAAUCAUGAGAAAAAGUCUACAAGAAAAGGAAUUUGUAGAGAUAGAUUACGUUUUUCUCAGCAAAUGCUUAUUUAGAACUAAUUUCUACUGCACUCCUAAAAAGAACCAGCCAAACGUUUAUGACGUAGUUCUCAACACAACGAUCAACUCUCGGCGUUAUGAUCAAGCUAAAAUAAAGCUGAAAUUGCAGCUAGACAAAAGAGAUAUUUACAGUAAGGAUGUGGUGCUUCCCAAGCUAUUUAAUUUGUCUUCAGUACAUCUGACAAUCGACGGAUUAAAACUCACAUCUACUAACAAAACAGUGACUUUGGAAUCUAACAGUUUUACACUUUGCUGCCCCCCUCUGCGAUACCCAUGUAAUGUUGUUGUAUUUGCUGAGGGUCACGUUCAUGAAACUAGAUCUAAAUGCUAUACACAUACAACAGCCCAAACAAUGAACUACAGACUCGGUUUCUUUGUAUGUGGUUCUGAGCACUAUUCUAAUCACUUCGACGUGCUUAUCAAUAUAGUUUUGCAAUCACCUGCAGCAGAAGGCAGUACGUUCACCAUUGUAAUCAUUGUCGUCUUAGUUAUAGCACUAAUUCUAUUAGUUUCAAUUUUGAUAUAUGUGUACCGUUCGAUAAGAAAGUCCAAAAAACAUAAUGACAUCAAUGUAUCACCUACCGCUAAAAGAUCUCCAAAAGACAAAGACAACGAAGUAAAAAUUCAGCUGGAAAGUGCAAGCAUGAGUAGUACGAAAGCAAGUAAGCGAAGAGGCAAGAAACAGUAAAUUUCUAAUUAAAACAAAAAAUUUCAUUUGUGUUACAGAUAUACUUAAAGGGAAAUUGUUUGAUAUAGUGAGGAAUAUUUAAUGUGUGUUCUAUUAUUGUGUUUGUCUCAUUUUUUUUUACCGUACGUAAGUUUAUGGAUAACAUAAACACCAAUAUCCAUACUUUGCAAGAGUAUCAGAACAUAUUUAUAAAGGCAGACACACCCCAAAAUAAAUAAAGGGACCACCAGCCGCACAUUCUUUAUUGUCCUUUUAUUGAACUAUCUAAUGUGAUCUACAGGAGAUUUAUGGAAAUAUCUUUGCUUGAACUGUUGGAGGCAAAGUCUUAGUAAACGCCAGAAACCCUAGCACGGCUGAACAAUGGAAGAUUGAAAUUAGAAAUUUUAUCUAAUAUAAUAGGAACUGUUUUAUUAAACUGACGUGAUCCAUAAUGUUAGGGGCUGUCCUCUUUAAAUGUGCAAGUACACCAUUUCACCCAUAUUUGAUUGAAGUCCAAAAUCAAAUCGGUGGCAUCAUUAUCACAAAUGACUGUCAGAAAGGAUUUCAUCCAACGGCCAUACGUGAGCUCUUCAUCCCAUGUUCUGUCCAUUUUUAGGUUGUCCAUUUUUAGGUUGUCCAUUUUUAGGUUAUCCAUUUUUAGUUUGUCCAUUUUUAGUUUGUCCAUUUUUAGGUUUUCCAUUUUUAGGUUGUCCAUUUUUAGGUUGUCCAUUUUUAGUUUGUCCAUUUUUAGGUUGUCCAUUUUUAGUUUGUCCAUUUUUAGGUUGUCCAUUUUUAGGUUGUCCAUUUUUAGUUUGUCCAUUUUUAGGUUGUCCAUUUUUAGGUUGUCCAUUUUUAGGUUGUCCAUUUUUAGGUUGCCAUUUUUAGGUUGGGCAGUACCAUGUACUUAGCGCUCAGCAGACGAGUACCCAAGGUAACACCAUAGUAACCUGGUUCGCUACAGUUAUUCGUGUAUCUAGUUCUACUAGACGUUUCCACCGAGACGCCACGUCUAGGCUUCGGAAGCUGAAGUUCUCACCAACCAGAUGCCAGUACUGGUAGUUUGGCCAGUUUUAACAUUUAAGCACACAAUCCGCCAAGCAUUUAUCCUGAUUAUUAAGUCUUUAGGAAGGCAUGCAUUUUUUUUAAUAGACAAAGGGAGCUUAUCUGCAAUUAAACACUUGGCUAUAGCAAUCUUUGAAAACCUAUGCAAACAAAGAUAUACAACAAAAUAGUAAAUUACAAUUUAUGUUUCUAGUUAGUGCUGACUAUUUAAGUUAUGAGUUCUUCACUUGAGAUAAUUUUGUAAAAGAGAAUAGAUAGUCUAAACUAAAUUCCACAUUAUUAAUGGUCUUAACUUACACAAAUGUCUUAUUUUGGAUAUCACAUAUACAUAUAUAUGUUUUAAAGUAUACAGUGAUGCAUAUAGUUCUAAUGAUUUGUCAUAAAUAUGCACCUAAAAAGACAAAAAAACAUUUUAUAUUUUAAACAUUAACAUUUCCGCCUCUUUAGAUCACAAAGUGACACUAUGCCUCUUAUUUGUCCUGUUUUAAUACUUUUUAAAUCAUAAUGUUUAAUUCAUCGUGGGAACGUUUACUGGAUAGAUGCCGGCUAGUCUGAGAUACGCCAUAGAAUCUCAUCUUCAAGGUCAUGGGUUCGAACCCUGAAAAGGCUUCUUCCCUCACCGUCAUACAACAGGUUUGGGUUAUGAAUAGUACGGAUAUAAUAGUUCUUAAUUCUUAAGAAACAUGUAAACUAUGAGAAACAAAACAAAUAUAUGUUUAAUUUAUAUUUUCAAAUAUUAUAUUUAUUAAUACAGUUAAAUUGUGUGAUAUGAUUACAUUGAAAUAAAUACAAUAUAAAAAUUCAA